GCCUAUUGGUAUUUUUUUUUAUUAGUUAUUAUGGUUCAAUUAUACUUCGCCAUAUCUCAGGCCCUGGCAGAGAUUAUAGAUAGGUGCAUCUGCUUUUAAAUAUUGAACUAAAAACUUCUUUUAUUUUGCGAUGUUUUAACUAAGGUGUCGUUUACAUCUCAAAGGGUACAUCAAAAUGGAUGAAAUCAUGAUAACUAGUAUAGUAGUGUUGUUUUUUCGUUACAUCAUUUUUAUUUUCGUUGUUCAUUCUUGUAAUCUGUAUGUCACAUACUCCCCUCGUCUGCUAACGAUAAUCACAGCUAGAGAAUUACAAACCGCGAUACCGUGUAGUUACAAUGUCUUACUGUAUUUUACUAAUUAUGUUAUCCCUCCUGGGUCUAUCGCACGGCGGGUCCUGUCCCCCAACCCUGCCUGUAGACCAGUGCGAUGCAGCUUGCGGGCCCAACACGGAAUGCCCGGAGAAACAGCUGUGCUGCCCCACCGCGUGCGGCGGCGCCAUGUGCGUUGAUGCUAUGACGGACCGGCAUUUCGUUGAUCUGGUAAAGCCCGGUUUAUGUCCAGAGUAUCCCCGUGGGCCGUGGAUCUGCACCCACACGUGUACGAGUGACUCGGACUGCCCCCGCACCCUAAAGUGUUGCCCCAACCGCUGCGGGGCGCAGGCCUGUCAGAAACCAGACCUCGUACUCCCGGCUACAGGGAACGCUUAACUACAUUAAAUUAUGACACCAUAUCAGGAUUAUACUUAUUGAGAUUACUUU